GAAUAACAUCAUAGUUGAGUUAAGCAAUCAUGGCGAAGAGUAAAGAAGACAUAAAGUAUGGAACAGCACAGGCUAGGGUUUCUGAAGAUGAAGCAGUGAGGGUGGCGUAUGUCAAUGGCACUCCCCUUGAAGGGGGAAACAUCGCUCACUCUCAACCAGUUCAUAUGUUUGCAAGUGCACGCAAUGUUGCAAACGCUGCUGCAACAGAAGAUUCAAACUCUCAUAAUAAUCAAUCUCAGAUGCAGAAAGCUCACAGACCAGAAGAAGCUUCUUCUGCAGAAUUCACCAGGGAUAAACUCUGAACACCAUCAACGACACAGACAACCUUAAAAAUUUAUGUGUGUGGUUUUGUACUAUUUCUUGAACCUUUGUUUGUUUCUUUCUUGUUUUGAUUUUUCCCAGUUAUGUCCAUGGCAUGUUAUCAACAAAGAAUGUGAUGACUUUCUAAUAAUUUAGAGGUUUUGUUCAGACACUA